UUGCAUUUUGAAGCAAUCCUCUUUACGUAUCCAAUAGGAACCCACCACUCCUUUUCUUCUAAAAUUCUCUCACUAGCUCUCUCUGUGCUAGACUUCUGAUUGGCAACAAAAGCAUAAAACGCCACCUUGAUUUCAGCUCCCCUUUUGCCUGCACUAAAGAAAGCAGGCAAUAAAUCACCACUCUUUCUUUGGAGCCAUUUCUUCUUCCCCGGUGGACUUCUUCCUCUGGCUUUCCGAAGUUCUCCGCUCUUGGGUUUUCCUCUCGCACUCGUUUGAUCUGGAAAGCCAGAGGACCAUCUGCUGUUGUUUUUCCUCACUUUGCUCAUUCGUCUGUGCACAUCUUCAGAUCUCAAAGCUAAUUCUGGGUGUAACUGGUGGGAAGUUCUGCACUCAUAUUUUAAGUUUACCACCACUAGGAAAGUUGGUUGCUUGUUUGUUUUGGAAAAGGAAGAAAAGGAUUCUUCAAUUGAUCGAUUUGUAAAAGGAGUUUUUAUUCUUAUUCUGAAUUACAGGUCUACUUCUGGGUUCUUACGCUUCCUUCCUUUCGCUUUGAAAAGUUUCUCAUAAUUCUGUUGAGCUCGGUUCAGUGGAUGGCUGAAGUUUUAUCCUCAAACAAAGGAUACAUUAUGGACGGAAACUUGGAGUUUUAUGAGCAGAGGAGGGGAUUCGCGACAGGUAUUGGUUCUACUUCCACCUACGGUCACAAUUCAUUCUGGACUCUUACUGAGAAUAAGAUCUUUGAGAAGGCUCUGGCCUUGUAUGAUAGCAAAACACCAGAUAGAUGGCAGAAAAUAGUGGCUAUGCUCCCCGGGAAGACAGCUUUUGAUGCAUAUAAACAUUACCAAGUUCUUGAAGAAGAUGUUAAUUGUAUUGAUGCCGGACUAGUUGAAAUUCCAAGCUACAAUACGACUUUCACAGUAGAAUUAGGGUCGGUCGAAGAUCGAACGUUCAACAGGUUCAAACAGCUUGGUAAUUGUUCGAAGAGGGGGAGCGGAAAGGCUGGUGACCUGGAGAGGAAGAAAGGCGUUCCUUGGACUGAAGAAGAACAUAGACUGUUCCUGUUGGGGCUUGAGAAAUAUGGAAAAGGGGACUGGCGAAAUAUCUCUAGAAAUUUAGUGGUCACAAAAACGCCAACUCAGGUGGCCAGCCAUGCCCAGAAAUAUUUCAUACGGCUAAGCUCUGGGAGCAAAGAUAAAAGAAGAUCCAGCAUACAUGAUAUUACUACUGCCAGCGUGACGGACAGGAGACUUACUUCACUUGGUUGUUCUCCUGGUCUUCCUGCUCAAUCCGACUUUGGCAACACGCCCAGCAAUGCUGAAGGAUUCUCGGUAGUGUUCAAUCAGUGUCCGAGUGAUGAAGGAUCUAACUCGCUGAACACAGGAGUGUCACAGAUGGAAUUCUCAAUUCCUUAUGCAGUUAGCACACGUGCAAGCAAUUUCAACAGGCAACAACAUGGGCAUAAGCUUCAUGAAUCUCUUGCGGAAGUUUGGAAUUCUGGACUUCUAAUGCAACCUUCAGUUUAUGAUUGUCAGUGGUAAUGCCAAUUAAAUUCCUAAGGAAUUUAUACUAUUUAUUGAUCUAGUGAAAAAGAAUGAGGUUGCCUAGGACUCUGUUUCUUCUGAAUGUUCAGCACUUUGUUUCGACACUCUGUUAAUUAAAAUGUUGGUGGGAACUGUUCUAAUGCUGUAACGAUUCUUGUACAAGUUCUCGUGUGGUUGGUAAUGACGGCAGGAAAAUGAAGAAGUUCAGAUCAA